AGCUAUGUAGAGCCAAUAUAGUCAUCAGUUGUGUACUAUGUUAACGGUAAAGUGAUGCAUCGUCUAUUUUCGGAAUUGUCCUGACACUUUUGUCGUGGGAACAGCGAAUCGUUGCUGUGGUGUCUAGGAAAAAUGUCAGAUUAUCAGCAACAGCUACAACAACAAGGUUGUAAGAGCAAUAUAGUCGAUGGACCAAUUUCUUGUGGAGAACAAGAUGACGACGAGCAGUCGAUCAUCGACGUAUUUGAGUUCGACGACACUGCUCACGACAGAUGGCUUUGUUCAGCUGGAACUGGAUCUAGGAGAAAUAGUAAUGAAUGUAAGAUUCAAGAUCUAGAUGCUUGGCUUCACGCCGAUAUAUUGGAAUCAGAAACUGCCUAUUCUGAUAAUGCUUUAAGGAAAUCCAUAGAUUCAAGAACCUUUACGAGAAUCAAAAGGCGAUCGAAUAAGUUAAAUUUUGAAUCGGUCGAAUCAAUAUCACUGGAAACAAUGUCGAUUCCUACGUCAAAUGUAUGGAAAAAUCAAACGAUUACAGAAUCUAUAUCCGAAGAACAGAGCACGCAGAAGGAAAGAAGAGAUAGUAUACCAAUGAUGUUACGACCAAAAACAAAUCAAGUUCUCGCUGCCCUUUUAUCAGAAAGUCCCUCGUCAAUAAAUAGUCAAACGAGUAUGGAGGCUUUCGUGAAUAUGACUCGAUCCAAAGAGGGAAUCAAUUCAAUACUCAGCGAUAUGAGCGAAUCCGAUGUCAAUCAUUUUUUAAUGAAUAUAUCACAACCGUCGCUUUUGUAUUCGUCGAUAAUAUCCGAUGGUAAAGGCGAAGAAAGUAUGCAUGCCGCAGUACACGACAGCUUUGUCGAUUCGCAAAUUUUAACCGAUUCUAUGAUGGAGGCAAGUAUGUUCAAAGAAGUGCAGGACACUACGAUGCUUGCUGAAUUUUUAAAACAAAGUAACGACUCCACUAUUCUCGAAGAUACAACCAUUCGUAAAAGUCUCAAUGAAAGCGAUAUAGACGAUGCAACAUUUGACAAUAAUUAUUUAAACGAUAAGAUACAUGCUAAUGUAAAGUCGAAAAUAAAUGAGACGUUUAUAAAUUUGCCUUCACCGGUGGCGAGUAACAGUGAAAUAAAUAGUACAAAAAUUAUAUCGUCGCAGGAAAAUUUAUUGCAUUCGUCGAGAGUCGAUACUAAUAUUUAUAGUCCACUGAAUUCUACAAAGACUAUUUCCUCCGACAAUGAUACGACAGUAUUGUUACAAGAUACAAAUGAUUUAUCAAAAACAUGUAUAAUAAGUAAGGAAAAUAAGACUGAUUUAAUUUACGAAUCAAAGUCAGAGUCAUUAUCUUCGAGCGAAGAAAAAUUAAAUGCUACAUUUAAAAAAUCCAAUAUUUCUACGCCCUUAAUUUCCCAAGAAUUAGUUAAAAACAUUGAUAAUAAAUUUGAUAAGUUUCAUGCCGUUCCAACAUUACGAGCGGCGCUAUUACAAGAAGUUCAAAGAAGCAGUGGAAAUAAAUUUGAUACUACUCUUGAUGGUGCCCGGUUGCCUGGUAUUGAAUCCAAUUUCGAUGUUACUUACGACUGUUUGAAUACAAACGAAUCAUUUGUCGAAGCUGAAGUUCUCGAUGCAACUUAUAUACAGGUACAAUCUCCACAUAAACUUGAAUCUCAAAGCGAGACAAAGAGUGUUGAAAUAAACUCCGACUCUGCGCAAGUCAAUACUCAAUCGAGCAAUGCAAUUGGUUCGCGACAAAUGAGUUAUGUUAAAAAAAGUGUGGGAGAAUCACAGAUGCAUUCUUUGGAUCAGAAUCGUUUCAAUACAUUUAGAAAAGAUAGUAAGAUCGGCAGCUGUUUCUCUAAGCUCCCUCAAGAAGAUCAUUCAAAUAAAAUGCCAAUAUCUGCACCGUUGCAGCAUCAUAUACCAAAAAAUAACGACACUUUAUAUCAACAAAGAUUCCAUACGUUUUCGAAAAAAACGAGUAGCAUGAGAAGUAAAGUUUGUGUCGAAAAUAAUGUAAACGAGAUGCAAUCGGAUGACAAAUUUACAAAGCCACUCGAUAAAAUAUCUAGGCAAAUACAAGCACCACGUCAAUUAUCGAAGCUUCCGCAACUCUUUCAGAAAUCAAAUCCUAAUCUCGGCGCCAGCUUUAAGUCAAUUGGGAAACUAACGAUGGAAACUGAAAACGAUGUUGAAUUUGUCAAGGGAUCGCAACCAAAUAUUUCUAGUAAUAUGUGUUCGUUAGGUAGAUUUAAAUCAGAACGCAUUUUACAAACGAAGAAUAACACGGACUUUUCAAUGGCUGACAGCACUAGUCGUUCGAUGGAAAGCAUUGAAAGUACAGCAAGUGCGCAUAGCGCUCCAGAUAUCGAGGAUAGGCUUAGCAUAAGUUCGGAAAGUAGUCGGGCAUCGUAUACGAUAAAGUCGAAAGAUUUUGUCGAACACAAUGCGGAAGGACAAGAUGGAAAGUACAGUGGGCUUGUCUCGAAACCUAAGGGACAUAAUAUUCUUGAGGGUACUUGGAUACAAGAAAAGGAUUUACCAUCGCCGAUUCUGAAAAAUCAUAUAAAAAGAUGUUAUGUCGAUAGUGGUGAUAGUAAUAGCACGUCUCCGACGGACAGUGCAGAAUUUAAUGCAAAAACAAGUUCACCGUUAACGAUAAGCCCAACUAGUUCAGAUCAAGCAAUAGACAGAAUUGAAUCUGAUGACGUUGGCAUCGAGGUUGCCAAAGAGAAUAUUCAGGCAACGGUUAAUGUUAAACCAACUCAAAUUAAAAUAUGUAAUUCAGCAUCAAAUAUGACCAAUGCAAGAAAAUUAAGACUACCAACCAAUUGGACUGGUGCACCAAAUAAAAUCGCCAAUAGUGCUAUAAGUGGAAUUCCAAGACCAGCCUCGCGAAUUCCAGGCCCGAAGUUCGUGAGACCAAAUUUAAAAUAAUCCGGUUAGGUAUAAAACGCGAAAGAUAAAUUACGAUUACGAUGAUCAAGAAGUUAAAAUUGAUCGGAUUAUUCAUUGUAAUUAAGUAAAAAAUUACAAUCAAAUAACUAUUUUUCUAAUCGAGUUAUUGUAAAUAAAUGAAG